AUGGAACAAAAGACGAUAGUCGAGUUGCGGCAACUUAUUUCGCCACCACGUGGUAUUGACGAUGUGAUAAAGGCAUUCUUGAUACUUUUGGAAUAUUCCCAAAAUGACGUAAAAGACUGGAAUAAAUGUAAGGGUGUUUUGUCCAGAACCGGGGAUAAAUCAGUGAUGACUAAAGUGUCUCACUUUGACCCUCUAUACUGUUCCCCGGCAACUGCCCAGAAAUCAGAGGAUUUGUUAGCACCGUACACAAUAGAAAUCGUCAGGAAUAAAAAUCUCUACGCUGCAAAAAUGUACACAUGGACAAAAUCAAUGAUAGAGAAAGUGAAGUCGAGCGGUGGUGUUCAGAAAUAGCCUUGACAACGAUUUCCUUAACGAAGAAGAAAAAAGAAAGGGACAUGAUUUCUUUGGACAGUACUGUGAUGAGAGAUGUAUUGGGGUACAAACAAACAAACGCGGAUAUACUAGUAUUUCUUGUGUUGAACAAACAGAACAAUCAACCCUCUAUCAAUAUGGACAUGUUUAAACUUCAGAAAAUCAGAUUUCAGGUUAUGAAGAUGAUUCUCAGAAAGACGUCUAAGACAUUUGCACUAUCUUCUACAUGCACCAGGGAGGAAAAUGGGAGAUUUCUCAAAUAUGAAUUAUGAAAUUCCAUUGUCAACUUAAUUGGAAUUACUUAUGAAAAAUUAUUGUAGUUUUUACAGAUAUUUUGAACAGACUCUUCCACAUUUUACGCAAGGCUUCAUUUUAUAUAAAAAAAAUAUCCUGCUUGUAUUACAUGUAGAUUUCAGAUUGUAUCCUAUGGCUUGUUGUUUCUUCAGUUGUUCA